AUGGGAAAACACGAGAAAGGGACGCCGAAAGAUGUUGCAAAUCGUGUUAAAUCGAAAGGUCUUCAAAAGCUCAAAUGGUAAGAACUUACUCCAACUCCUUCCUAAUGAAUUUAUAAUUAACACCAAGAAUUUUCAGGUUUUGUCAAAUGUGUCAAAAACAAUGUCGUGAUGCAAAUGGAUUCAAAUGUCAUUUAACAUCCGAAACUCAUCAACGUCAACUUUUACUUUUUGCGGAAAAUUCAAAUUCAUAUCUUCGACAAUUUAGCAAAGAAUUCGAGCAGAAUUUCAUGUUAUUGUUGAGAACUUCUUAUGGAACGAAACGAGUUCGGGCAAAUGAGGUUUAUAAUGUUUAUAUCAAAGAUAAGGGACAUGUUCAUAUGAAUUCGACGACUUGGCAUUCGCUAACUGGUUUUGUACAAUAUUUAGGAUCCUCUGGAAAAUGUAAAAUCGAUCAAGGAGAAAAAGGAUGGUAUAUUCAAUAUAUUGAUCAAGAAGCAGUGAUUCGAAAAGAAGAAGAACAACGAAAAGCAAAACAGGAAAAGGAUGAUGAAGAGAGACAUAUGCAAAUUAUGGAAAAUAUGGUUAUAAAGGGGCUUGAGAAUGAUGAUGGAAAAGUUCAUGAGCCAACUGAACUUUUGAGAACUGAUGAGAAAAUUAGUAUUGAUUUGCAAUUGAAUAAAAAACCAACUUUGGAAGAAUUGAAUAGACCAUCGACUUCUUCAACGUUUUCAGUUUUUGAUCAAGGAAAAGUGAAAAAAGAAGAGAAACCUGUGAUUGAAAAGAAACGGAAGAGAAGUAGAAGUCCUGGCCCGGGAUCAAGUAAAAAAUCAGCAUUAGAUGAGAUUCGUGAACAGGAAGAGAGACAUAAAGAAAAGAAAAAUCGGAAGGAUUAUUGGUUGCAUGAGGGAAUUAUUGUGAAGAUUGUUACCAAAUCAUUGGGAAGUGAUUAUUAUAAGGCGAAGGGUGUUGUGAAGAAAUUGGUGGAUGAUUAUACGGCGCAGAUUAAAUUGGAUGAUGGUGAGUGGGCGGGUCCAAGCUAAACUUCAGAUGAUGCAAGCUUCGAAAUUCAGAACUAAUAAUUCAAAAUUUCUGGGAUUAAAAAUUUCUUUUUGAAUUUUGAAAAAUAUUUACUCGACGUAAAUUUUCAGAUUUUCAAGAAAAAUUGCGAAAUCAAUGUGAAUUUCAGAUUUUCAUGCAUUUUUUGCGCAAAAAUUGUUCCUAGGAAAACCCCCAUACGUCGUAUAGUCCCGUUUGAAAUCCGCUAGUGCAUACCCCAUAUUAUUGAAAAUUUUCGGCCAUAGGGAUACCCCGCCCUCCUCUUUUUCAUUUUUAGCUAUAAAAACUUGAAAAUCGAAAUUUUUCAUGAACUUUAAGCUCAAAAUUACAUAUUUUCGGGAAAAAGCUAUAAAUGUGAUCUCCAGAAACUAAAAAUUCCGAUAUUCAUCUACCUUUUUAGAAAAUUAGUAAAAAAGAAAAACGUUUUUUGAAGUUUUCCCCUGAAAACCAUUCAGUUUCGAAUUGCCAUUUCAUAGUUACAUUUCUUCUAGUUUUCAGCUCAAAUUCCAUUUUUCAGCAAUUUUGAGUCUAAAUUUGACUCAAUCAUUCUAAUUUGUCAAAAACAAAAAAUUACGUUUCAAAAUUUUGAUAUAUAUAAAAUAUUUUUUUCAAUAUGUUUUUUUCAAAAGUUUUAUCAAUAAUAAAUAAAACAAAAAUUUAAAAAAUGGAAAAUUUUGAAAUUUUGAAAUUAUCGAUUUUCGGAUCAAAAUUCAUGAAACUUGACUUGUAAAUAACAAAGCUGAGAAAAUUUCUUUAAUUUUUUUCUCAAGUGAAAACCCCUUCUGAAAACUGGUGUGAGUGACAACCUCUUCUAUCAUGCAACGUAUGAAAACCCCCCUCCAAUUUUCCACGUCACAACCCCAUUUCCUUUUCCAGGCACCGUCGUCAAACUCGACCAAAACCACGUGGAAACCGUAAUCCCAUCAAUCGGUCGUCAAAUGCUCAUUGUAAAUGGUGCAUAUCGAGGCUCUCAAGCGAUUCUGGAAAGUAUUGAUGAGAAGAAUUUCUGUCUGAAUUUGAAAAUAUCAUCUGGAUUGACGAAAGGAAGAGAAGUGAGGGUUCCAUAUGAAGAUGCGAGUAAAUUGGCUUAA